GCCUUAGGAACUGAUACACCUUCUUUCUGUAUUUUAUGAACAAUACUUCCUUUUUAGCUAACCGACAAAUCGACCCUUCAACAGUUACAUUUUGUAGAACCGACGAUAUCAUUUUCUUGUUGCCGCCAGCUGGGCUGUAUUCGACAUCAUGUGUUUAUCAUCGACCUUAACAAAAGCCAUAUAAAUGUGGAAAGCCACAAUUUAUUCCAAUUCACAAUAUAAAUUAUGAAGCAAGACGAAUGUAUUCUUUCUUUUUGCCUGACGCUCCUAUAAAAUGAGUAAAGGACAGAUUUUUUGUUGUACCUUCAUUUCGCGAACACACGCUGUCCGCGAAUCAGCAUAAGCGGCUUUCCAAAAUGUAUAAAUAUCUGAAGAGUGUUAUCUUUUUUAUUCAUUUCUUUUUUGUAACUCAUAUAAACUUAUCAAAGCAAUAUGUCGAAUGAAAUUGAACAACUAAAGGUUAUCCAAAACGAGCCGUUUUUAAAAUUUGUUGAGGACUCUUUGACAGAGACCUUUUAUUCCAAAUCUAAUGAUAAAGUAGUUCGUUUGUUAGAAAUUGGUUGCGGUCCUGGUGAUUUUGCAAUCCUCUUAAAGCAAAAAUUAGGAAGCAAAGUUGAAUAUCACGCUAUCGACCCUUCAGACGAUAUCGAACAAGCAAAAGCCAAGGCCUCCACUAUUGGCGUUGACAUUCAGUUUUCCAAAACACUCAUUUUCGACUUCAAGUCAGAGUUCAAGUUCGAUAUCGUUAUGUUCACCAAGUCUCUUCAUCACUGUAACCCUAUCGAAAAGGCUGUCAAAAUUGCCUAUGAUUUGCUAAAUUCGGGCGGUAUUUUGAUUGCCGAAGAAAUACGACUUGAAUACGUAAACGAGUUCAGCGCUUCAUGGUUCUUUGAUCGGUUAGACUUGCUUCGCGCUGCUGGUCUAUUUACUCCUGCUGACGAAAGAAUGAAAACUAUUGGACAUGCCUCUAAAAUGUUCACUAGAAUGCUUGAUCAAAGUUUACCUGCUAUGGAAAGAUGGUUCCGCCCCCAUGGUCAUCACCAUGAAGUACACGACCAUAGCCACAGCGACUGCCACGAGCAUCACCAUCCUGAAGGCGAACAUAACCAUAAGCACAAGCAACCUUUGCAUAGAGAUGAUCCUGAAGGCAUUGCUACUAGUGACGAAGUUACAACUGUUAUUAGAAAGCAAUUCGGUGAAGAUGCAACCAAGACAAUGUUAGUUUCUUGCUUCCGUAUGUUCUUCGUCUUUGUCGGCCUCAAAAAUACUGAAGCUGGUCAAGCUGUUUUGAAAGAGCUUAUGAAACAAGAAGAACGUGAUAUUGCGGCCAAGCGUCUCGUACCUUUCGGUUUGAAUAUCGUCGCUUAUAAGAAUUAGAUAAAGUAAUUUAGCACAUAUUGAUAUAUAACA